AUGUCGGAGAAACCUCCUCCAACAUUGGAGAGAUACGAUGGCUCGGCGAACCCUGAUAACCACCUCAGGAUCUUCACCAAUGCGAUGACAUUCUACACAAAUAGUGAUCCAGUCAUAUGCAGGGCUUUCUCCUUGUCGUUAAGGGAUGAAGCACUGGAAUUAUACCAUACCCUCCCUCUAGACACGGUAGACUGCUUUGCCACGGUAGAAACUCUUUUUAGAAAACAAUAUGCAUCCAAUCGAAAGCGAGAGAUGACGCUAGCAGAAUUGGUAAACACCAAGCAGGGAAAAGAUGAAACCUUAAAGGCGUUCAUCCAAAGGUACAACGAGACUGCGCGACGGGUGAAAGAUGCGAAUCACACUUUUGUCAUUAAUAACUUGUCGUCAUGUUUAAAACCAGGCUAUUUUUCUGAACAAUUGUAUGCCAAACCACCAAAAUCUAUGGAGGAACUCCAGGAGAGGAUUGCUGAAUUUAUUCGUAUUGAGGACAUGAGAAACUCAAGGAAGAAGCAACAUGAAGUCCCCACCAAUGAGAGCAAGAAAGAAGGGAAGCAAUUUUCCAACAAAAACGACAGGCCUCCCCGAAAGGAACUCACCUAG